UGCGCAGUUUCAGGUGUGCCGACCGACCCACUUCGUCCACUCCACCCGCCAGAACGCGCCACAAACCUCACUCGAUGGAGACACGCGACGCCCACGCCGAAAGAUGAGGCCGACCUCUCAAUUGACAUGGCAGCUAUAUGUGCUUGCAGCGGUGUGUCUGCUUGCUGGCUGCGCACGCGCGAGUCAGGGCGAUCGAUUGCCUGAGUUUCGGGAGUGCGUUGAGAUAUGUAAACAGACAAACUGUGUUGAAGGCGGACCGGUGAUUCCCCUCCACCGCCGCAUCCUCCUCUGGACAUGCCCCUCCGAAUGCGACUACACCUGCCAACACAUCAUCACCACAGCCCGCCUCGCGCGCGACCCGCCCUACCUCUCCCCCGUCCUCCAAUUCCACGGCAAAUGGCCCUUCCACCGCUUCCUCGGCAUGCAAGAGCCCUUCUCCGUCCUCUUCUCGCUCUUCAACUACCUCGCGCACGCGGCCGGCAUCGCGAAGCUCAAGGCCACCAUCCCCCCUUCCUAUACGCUGCGCCGGUACUACGUCAUGUUCGGAUACGUCGGGCUGGCGAGCUGGGUGUUUAGCAUGGUGUUCCACACGCGCGACUCGGGCGUGACGGAGAAGCUGGACUACUUCGCGGCGGGCGCGAAUGUGCUGUUUCAGUGCUAUUAUACGCCGAUUCGGAUCUUUAGGCUGGAUGUGCCGACGCCGCGGCGGCAGACGCUGCUGCGGGUGUGGACGCUGCUGUGUGCGGUGCUGUAUGUGGCGCAUGUGUCGUAUCUGAGUCUGUGGCGCUGGGAUUAUACGUAUAAUAUGGCGGCGAACGUGGCGGUGGGGAUUGUGGGCAAUUUGAUGUGGAGCUGGUUUGCCGUGUCGCGCUAUCGGGCCACGGGCAAAGGGUGGACGGUGUGGCCGGGUUUGAUUGUGGCGUGGAUCAUACUGGCGAUGAGUCUGGAGUUGUUUGAUUUUGCGCCGUGGGGGGGCAUGCUGGAUGCGCAUAGUCUGUGGCAUUUGGGCACGGUUGGGCCGACGAUUUGGUGGUACAACUUCUUGGUCAAGGAUGCGCAGGAGGACCUGCAGCAGAAUAGGUUGAAGGCUUGAUAGAAAGGGAAUAGGGGGGAUGAUCGUGUUGGUGAGUCCUACAUCCUAGGGUGUUUUGCAUUGCGUGUUAGAUCUAGCAUUUGUGGCGGUGUCAUUCCUGUUCGCUCGUAAUAGUCGAUACCGGUCGGUGUCAGUACCUUUUGUACAACUGUUCAUCACU